AUGACCACUGGAAAUCAGCUUGACCCCAGUCGUAACGAGACUGUUGGCGUCGCUUGUGCUUCGUCAACUUACGGUGGCUCGAGAGCAGCAAGCGAGAUUCUGGCAUGCCAAAGGAACAAUGUGACGAAGACAAUGAGUUUAGAUGAAACGUUGGCCUCAAAACGUCAGCAGGCUGCAAUGUUUGAUGAUGAACUCUGUCGCAGCAGUCUCGUAAUAGCGGUUGUUACAUUUCUCAUAGGUUCAACAGAAUCUUUCAAACCAGCGGAGUAUUGCUCCUACAAUAUCAAACAGGGUGAUUGUGAUAAGGGAUCGCAGCGUUAUGGAUUCAAUUCUGAAACGCAAGAGUGCGUGCCAUUCAUAUUUGCCGGAAAGAACGGGAAUGGAAACAACUUCGUGACGAAGGCACAUUGUGAACAAAUGUGCCUGGGGAAGCAGCAAACGUAUCCGUGA